AUGCGGGUCCUCCACGCUGGACCUGUAUGUAACCAGCCGAGUUCGUUUGAGCAAUCACGCUGGGCACCUCCAGAAUCGGCUCGGGUGUCUCCUCGGGUGACUGGGAAACAAACUCGACCAAUUUCUCGGACGAGUGCCGGCCUGCCGUAUCCAGCUUUACGGCGACCACACGCACGUGCCUGGAGGCCGGAGGACACCGUCACAUCUGUAAAGGACACCAGUCAGCCGCCGGUCACGGUGCUGGACGGCGGCAAGACUCGCUUGUACGACGUCAUCCAGCUGGUGGAGUUUUACCAGCUGAACGCCGGAGUGCUGCCCACCAGUGCUGGAAAUGAGGCCGCUUUCUGGUCCCGGCGUUUUAUUCUCCAGGUAAAGGACACCAGUCAGCCGCCGGUCACGGUGCUGGACGGCGGUAAGACUCGCUUGUACGACGUCAUCCAGCUGGUGGAGUUUUACCAGCUGAACGCCAGAGUGCUGCCCACCAGUGCUGGAAAUGAGACCGCUUUCUGGUCCCGGCGUUUUAUUCUCCAGGACACCAGUCAGCCGCCGGUCACGGUGCUGGACGGCGGUAAGACUCGCUUGUACGACGUCAUCCAGCUGGUGGAGUUUUACCAGCUGAACGCCGGAGUGCUGCCCAGUGCCCACCCGUCUCAUCUGCUUCAUCACGCACACCGCGCCGUCGUCGUCAUCGGCGCUCCGUCACGUCGCGCAGAGCUUCUAACGGCUGCCGCACCGCCGCCAGCGCCUCCGGCGGCGGAAGCGCGCGGCUGUAGUUCGUGACGGCGGCGUGCUCCGGUCAUGGGGCGAACCCCGGGCCCCCUGGGCUACAGAGUGGGUUGCGCGGUGGAGUCUGCCCGCUGCUAACAUCUACCGGCGCGGCGGGCAGGAUCCAAUGUCGCGUGUAGUCGCCAGGGCGAUUGGAGUCGGUCGGCCUGGACCUCCAGUUUGGAUGCCCGUUCGAGUCCACAUGGACAGCGUGCGGAUACCCCAGUGCCUGUCUGCACCUGUGUCUUGGAGGGAUCGUGUGUUCCCUGCGGCGUCAGAGGAGGCCCCCACGUGCUCACGGGGUGGGACAGUUGCGACCCGCGCGGCGGGGCGGGGCGGAGCGGCUGCUGCUGGCCCCGUACACUGUUCUGUUGAGUUCCUGGCGCGGCUGGCGACGCUGCGUGAUCUCACGGCCGGCUCUGUCGCCGCUGACCCAGUAUUAAGUUGCUAGGGAGCGUGUGCUGCUCGCGCCUGUUGGCCGGCUGUGUCCGGUGCUAUGAUAAAUACAAUAUAUGUAACUAU